UUGGGUUGCAACCUCCCCUGUUGGGGCGUCACCAGAUGAACUACGAUUCCCCACGCCCCUACGCUACUAGGGUUUUUCUCCCGGGAUCCUGCAGGACAUCCCGGCAUUUUCCCAUCCGGGAAAUCCCAGGUACACACUUUUAGAAUUCAAUUUUCUUGUCUGUUUAAUUUUUUUUUUACAUUUUCAUCAAGCGACAGAAAAUGACAAAUUGUCGCUAAGAGCAUAUACCUGUGAAAUCUAGUUAACUGCGCUAAAUAACUAAGCUCAGUUGCUCUAAUACACAGGUUCUCAAGAAUGUUCAAGUUACGACCACAUUCAUAUAUAAGAUAAUUUUGCUACCUAUUUAAUGCCAUGAUUGAGAUUGUAACCCAAAAUGUGAGACACCAAUUAAAAAAUAAAACUUCUGAAAAAAAAUCACUAUUUCUCAGGCUGUUGUUUCGCCCGGCGACCCCACAUAAAUGUCACCCCCCCCCCCCUAAAAAAAGGCUUGUAACCUAUGCUCUAGUAACUUAAAAUCCCAAGAUGUUAAUGUGUCAAACUACCUUUAUAUUAUGUAGUGUUUUUUGCAAAAUCAGUACCGGUAUAGUAAGACAUAAAAAUAUAUUACCGUAUUAAUGUAUAAAAAUUCAAUUUUUUUUUUUUUUUUAAUUCGAACCGAAACCCUUGCUUCAAGUUGAAACAUUUGCUUGUAAGUAUUUCUUGGUGGAUUCUAAACUAGAAUGAGCAACCUGUAAAGAAUGCAGAGCUCACAAAGUGUUCAGGUUGUUUGGGUUUUGUCUACAGGCGGUUAUAGUAGUAUAUUUGUAGGACACUGCUCGUCACCAUCACAAGCAUUGUGUCUUAUUUAACUUAGUGGUGCAUCGUUAAAGUUUAAUGUUUAGUUUAUGGUGACAUUGUGUGAAGAGGUCGAAAACCACUUUCUAGCAAACCACUUUUCUAGAAAAAAAAAAAAAAACACUGUUCUAGCUUAAUCUCUUUUAUGAUUUUCAUUUACAUGGAGUCACUCUGUGCAUUAUACUUCUAGGCCAGGGGUCGGGAACCUAUGGCUCGCGAGCCAGAUGUGGCUCUCUUGAUGGCUGCAUCUGACUCGCAGACAAAUAUUCGAUUAUAAAAAAAAAAAAAUUAAUGGUAAGAAAUACUGAUUAUUGGUAAGCAACAGCAUAACAAUGUUAUUAAAAAGAAUUUGGAGACCAAAUUAUUUCAUUUUUAGUGUUAAAUUACACAAAAUGCACACAUUUUACUUGAAUUUUUAGUUUUAAACAUAAUGUAUGACUCUCAUAAAUUUACUUUUCAAAACAUGUGUUGUCCAUGGCUCUCUCAGACAAAAAGGUUCCCGACCCCCUUUCUAGGCCUACCUGUAUGUUAGCGUUCAUUAAUUAUGUAUGACCAUUUUACAGACUCGAGUGAUAAAUAAAAAAACGAAUAUUUUGUGGAAAGCAACUGUUCAAAUUCACAGUAACACGUCGUCUUUUGAUGUAAUUCAACUCAUUUUGUGAUAUUCCACAAAUUUAAUCAGGCCUACCAUAAGCAGGUUGGAGCAGAGUCAAGGCUUUCAAAAUACAUAAUUUAAGUUGUGCAAAGAAAUGUUAAUUAAAGGGAGGCCACUGCUCAAAUCAAAAUCUGUCCAUGGAAGUAAUAUUUAUUUUUAUUUUUAAUACUUUCGGUUAUCCGUUGAAUAGUUGAAAUAACUCAAGAGCUGGAAAUCAAAAGAUUUUUUGUGUUAUUUCUCUGACAUCUAGAUCCUAGAUAACAAACUAUAAAAGUUAUCCAUUAUGGAACAUAAGAAAUCGCAAACUACUAUAAUUUCGGUUCAUUUAUUUUGUUAGUCUUUGCAGGCAUAGCCUCACAAAUUAUCUAGAGCAAUAUGGGGUUCUGGUCUGGCGAGUAAAAUAAUUAAAUUAAUUCUCAGACGUUUUUGAUGAAUAACUCGUACGCGUGAAUAGCUAAUGCCGAUUAGGUCGACAAAACAUUAAUAAAAGAUGGACUUAAUUAAUUCAAGGGAUGUUGAAAUAGACUAGCCGCUAGCCAAUUGGUUUCCGACCGGUGCUACAGCGAAGCCUUCGUGUACGGUGUAGGGUACUUCUUAGUAGGCCUUCUUCUUUGGGGCUCGGCGGCCGCUCAAGAAAAUAAACUGAAUAGAAAUAUAAAAAUUAAAUGAAAAUAAAGACUAAGAAACAAAGAACAGAAUCAAAAUAAGAACUGGAAAUUACCGAAAUGUGCCAAGUUGAAUUUUUUUCUGAGUUUUUUCUUGGAACUGAACGUACAAGGUAUAUAUAUAUAUAUUUUUUUUUUUUUGUAAGCCCCUUUUGAGUCCUUGCAGUUUUUUAGUUUUGUUCCCCAGCAUUCAAAUUAUUUAAAUUAGGAAUAAUUUAUUUUCUAUUUAAAACAACAACAAAAUUUCACUAUUACUGCACUACCUAAAUAUAAUAAUAAUAAUAUAUGUAUAUAAGGUAUUUUAAAAAAACAAAUUUGAUUAAAAUUUUGCCUUCUAAUUCUUAAUGUAAAUCUUUAUUUCAUGAAGUUUACAUUUUUAAUAUAAUUUCUGUUUCGGCUUUUUAAUUAACCGUCGGAAAUAUUUAAUUUACCAACAAAAGAUUUCAUUUUUAAUAUCGUUCACACAUUCCAUCUUUAUUAAAAUACAUUUUAUAUGAUCUGAUAUAUUAUAUCUGAGAAUUUCUUUUUAAUAACUUAGAUAGAGAAAUAUAAAAUAAAAUGCAUGGUAAGUUGAUCUUAAAGUUGAGUUGCUCAAUGACUCUAUAAUUUAAUGAGAUAACCGAUGGUUUAACUUUAAAGUUAAUUAUUAAUAGUUAACUGAGCAGCUGCUACUUUUAACUACUUACUUACUAGGGGUAGUUAUCUGCUGACUGCUGUUUAUUGUAUUAUCUACUGAUGACAGCAUGUACUAGUGCAGAAAUUUGACACUAAUUAUAACUAAGAAUACUAUUCUUUUUACCUAUACCACUGACUGCGGAAUGACUAUAUAAUUAUUUACCAAAUUUAGAUAUAAAAAUCAAACUUGUGAAAAUUUGUUCAUUGGAAGAUCUCAAAUAAAGAUGAUUAUUGUAGCUCAAUGAUCAUUAUCAUUAUUUAGAUGAGAAGAAGGAUAUCCAAUAGGUUUAGUAUCAAGCUGUAUCAUCCAUAUAUGGUGUUCCCUUUGGCUAUCCAGGUUCACUGAGAGAGGCAAGUUGCUGUCUAGGGAACCAGCUUAUAGUAUAGUAGACUUAUGUAAGUUUGUGCAGAAAAAUUCCCAACUUGUGAUUUCAUCCUGCAAAGUCACACCAUCGUCACAUUGUGAUGCCAGUAAUAUUAUAUGAAAAGUUAGAUAUUUUAUUGUUUUUAAUUGCUCACUUGUUCUCAUUAAUACAGGUAAUGACAGUUUGUAUACUCGAAUGGCAACUCAGCCUCUUUACAAAGAAAAUCAAAUAGAUCCUGAGCUUGAGCAUAAGGCAAAGAAAGGUAAUUAUAAUUUUACUUUGUAUAUAAGCAUUCAUUUUUUAUCAUUAAAUUGUAAUUGAAUCUGUUAUGUAAUAACCUAGUAAAAAAUUCCCAAAAUUUAAAUCUCAUAAAAAACAGCCAUAAACCUUAUAAUUAUAUACAUUUUGUUUAUAUGUAGUUUUGAAUUGUAUUAUUAGCCUAAAAUGUCAUACAUUUACAAUUUGUAUCUCAUUUAGUUGCAGACAAACUCUCAGAGACAAUAAAUGUUAUUGCCAAUGAGCCAUCUCUGGCAUUUUUUCGAAUACAAGAGCAUGUUCGAAAAACAUUGCCUCAGCUUGUUGAUCAGAAGGUUUGUUAUGUUGUUUUAGCUCAUAAAUAAUUAUUUCAAUUUACUCUACUCCUUAACUUUGGGCUGUAUAUAUAUGGCGAAAUUCAUGUUACAUUUAACCACAAAUUCUAAUGCUCAAAUAUUUUAUUAAACAUAUAAUUCACUUUAAAUUUGAAAACGAUGGUCUGCAAAUGACAACAUAUCUCUCUGUUGAGGUAUGCUUCAGAAGAAUAAAUAGGAAACACAAUAAAAUAAUUAAGGCCACUACAUAAUUUUUUUGUAUUGUUUCUAUUUUUGUUACUGAAACUGGAUGAAACAUUAGAAUAGUGAAAGAAUGAAAGAAUUAAUAAAAUGUAACUUGGCACUUCCAAAUCUAUAAUUCCAUUACUCAGUUUACUGCUUCUAAAAUAUAUUUUAUUACUGUAUCUUUCCCCGUCAACUUUUUUGACUGCAAGUUGCUGUCAGUUUAUGAAUAUUAUUGCAAUUCCACAUUGUGUAUGAUAUCAAACCAAGUGACUUAUAAAAAUCUGAACAAUCUUACAGCUAAUUUUUUUUCAUAUUGCUGCACCUUUGUGGUUAUUGAUAAACAAGAACUUCUCUCCAUUUUACUCUCCCAUUACAAUAGCCUUUGACUCUCUAAUCUAGUUUGCAGCUCAAUUAGUUGUUACAUGUUCAUAAGCAUUACAUAUCUUUUAAUAUGGACUUUUCACAGCAUGAAGUAGAGGACAUUCAAGCAAGAGUUCAAGGUGCUUGCUUUGAUGCUGAGUAUGCUACCAAGUCAGUAGAAGAUGUCAAUUUUAUAUGAAAAUAUUGAAAUAAGUUGGGGAUUUUUAAUACAAAAGAAUGUUUUUGAAAGAGAGUUAAUCAUCUGUGUUAUUAUUAGAGGCAUGGUAUCAAAUCUAGCAUACUGAUGGGACAAUUAUUAUUUUACAUAUUUAAGUAACAAUUUUGGAUAUUGUAAUAGCCAUUAUUUUUAAAGGAUUUAUAUAGUUAUAACAGAGAAUGAUAUCUAGAAAUGGUCAAGUUAUGAUCUUUAGACUACACAGCAGCCUGUUCUAAACAUAAGAUAAGAAAUACAGAAGAAAGUCAAUGAAGCAAUAAAAUUUACAGUGGAGCACUGACAGUCGGCCCACAUGCUUAAUAAGAUGUUUUUGGUGUCAUUUUGGAUUCACACAACCAGCAUCACUGUUACCAUAUAAAGCUCUGUGCUGUCUCCUACCACUUUUGGACUAUACAGUCAGAAGUUUGUGUGAAAUGCAGAAGAUGAAAUAUAAUAUUUUUUAAACACUUUCAUAGAACGGCAAAUAUGAACACUUUAAUAACCAUUAUUUCACUGCAACCUAAACAUUUUUUUAUGAUCCAACAAAUAGUUUAAAAAAUGUUUAACAGCACUAAUGCUUAAUGGGUUUAUUGGCUAAUUUCUUUUUUAUUAUCCAUAAGAAGAAUUUUCUCUUAAUUUUUUUUUCUACAGUGCUGUUAGAUCUAUGCAGUCCAGUGCAAUACAUUUUCAAAACAUUCAGGACCUUCUGAAGAAUGCUAUGUUUAUGAAACAACAGAUAACUUAUGCAGAUAAAAGGUAUUUUUUUACCACUGGCUUUGGUGUGAGUUGAAAGUAAUUUUAUCAAUCCAUAAAUUACUUUGUUUACUUCACUAAAAAAUGUGUAAAUAAGCAAGGAAAAACAAGAAAGCACUUCUACAACAGUUAAUGGUACCUGGUCUUUUUAACAUACUGUUUGUUUUUUUAAUUAAUGCCAAAGCAUAGGCACCAAUGUUUAUCAAGGCUGCAUAAUUUUAUUUAAAGACUAAGAGGAUAAAAAAAAUGUUAACUGAUUUUUGACAUUGUUUAAAAUAUGUACAUAUUUAGAGUCUGUGAAAACUAAAAAUUUUGUCUGAGGUAAAAAUCUUGCUCCAUGAGUCUGUUGAGCAGAUGCUUAGAGUGUUAAAUUAAUAAUCAAUAAACAAAAGAAAUAAUACUAACUGGACUUUAUGGAAGGUUUUAAAAUUAAUUAUUAUAACUAAGGAAAUUAACUAAUUUAAAGCAUUUUACUAGACAGGUGAGUCAAAAACAAUUUGUGUAAAUAAAACAAAAAAUGUAAGCUUUAAUUAUCAUCAAACAAAAUACACAUUCAAAUGUUUGGGCAUUACUUUCAUCAGUACAUUAAAAAAAAAUAAAAUAUUAAUAUAAUUAGACAUUAAAUUUACAUAGUAUAUGUACAUUCUAGCUAUACAUAGAAAAGAAUAAGAAUAGGCACUUCACUAGGGAAAACAAAGAGAAGAAUGAAAAGAAACUAUUAUUUGGAAUUCUAAAUCCCUAAGGAAACAAGGCAAGUCUAGUCCCACUGCAUCGCCAACUUCAGAUGUAGAGAGAGGAAUAACACAAAGUACGACUUCAAAUAGUAAGAGUACAGAUAGCCUUUUGGAUAAAGCUGGAAACAACCAAAAUGAGUAAGUUUGUUCAUUUAAACAUAUUCAAUUUCUUUUAGGUGAUGUUUUGGGUAUUUUUUACUUUUUAGAUUAACUCAACUUUUUACCGGUUUAUUAUAAAAACAGAGCUCCCUAAAAUUUACAAUUAUCUUUUUUUUAAUAAAUAUGCAUGUCUUAUCAUUAUGUUGCUAACAGCCAUCAGACUAAAUAAGCAUGUAAUUGUUAAGUCUUGAUAAACAGCUCAAUUGAAUUUCUGGAUGAAAGUUUAAUGAUAAGCCAAAUAUAAUCCAGUAAGCCUCCUUAAAGAGGCUUACAAGGCACAAUAUUAUUUGGAGAUCUAAAUCUCAUUUAAAACACCAGAUUGUUAUACAUAUUUUUUAGAAUGUUCUUUUGUUGCGAAUCUUUUUCUCCCAGGGUACAUGGUCAUUGCUUACCUAAUGAAAGUUAAGGUCUCCUUAUGGAUAUAAAGUGUAACUUAUAAAUGUUUACCAAUCAAAUUGUGUCGUUUUCACAAACACUUUUGAAAAUUACCAUGCACUCGUCAUACCUGUUUAAAUAUCCCUCAAAUCAAUUUUUAAAAACCUUCAAAUACCUUUUAUUAAAUUGUAUAAACAUUCUGAAGUAUUAACAGAAAUUUGCAAAGUUGUUUCAUUAUCUUUUUCUUUUACGCUAUCUACAUUUUUUUUUUUAACACAUCACCGAGAGUUUUUUAAAAUGAAGAGCAAAUGUUGGCAUGUUCCUCAUAUUUCAGUAGUUUCUUAGCAGCUGUCUGCCCUUGCAGUCCUAAAAAGGCCAAGAGGGUACAGCAUUUGUAUUGUAAAUAUUUUAUUGUGACAGUUGUAUUGGUGAUAUCAAACAAUUGCAGCAAAGCACACAUGUUAAAUGUAAUGUGCCAUGCUUAUAUAGUUACAAAUGUGUUGCUGUUCUUAAAAUUGGAAUACAAAUUUGUUGCUGUUCUUAAAAUUGGAAUCUUGUGUUUAUGGUUUGUUAGUAUUGUUAGAUUUGUUUUUAUUUACAAGCUUAAAAAUAAUUGACCGGCAUAGAAAUUAAAAAGAAAACUAGAGUUAAAUGUUGCAAUGUCUCUAAGCCUCACAUGUUUUUCCUGCCUACCAUACCAUUUUUUAUUUUACUUUUUUUAACAACUUAAAACUCUCCUUUUGAACCAUUUUGAAAAAUUUUUCUUAGUUGUGUACAUCACUAAGUAUUUACUGUUUUGCUACAUUAGAAUUGCUGAAUUAAUCAGAAAAAAAUAUACACUAUCUUUCAUUGUCACCAGCCUAUACAGAUUCAUAAUAUCCUGACUAAAUAAAAUGUCGCUCCAAUAUAUCUUAUGAUAACUAGAGGACAUGAAAAGUAAAUAUCUUCUUUUUUUUUUUACACAAUUUGUUAUAUAUACCCAUAUAUAUUUUUCUGAAAUCAUUGACUUCAGCAUAUUCCAUAAAAAUUCACCUUGGAAGAUUUAAAUAUCAAGGUGACAGAAAUUUUAAAUAUCAUUUUCGAAAAUGCAACUUGAAUCGUAAAACUGGUACCAAAAAUAAAUAAAAAAAAUAUUUUAAAGAAACUGUAGCAUCAUUUAAACCAGAAAUGAAAUUGAUAAAAGUAAAAAGUCUUAUUGCAGUUUAUUUUUUUUUUGUUGUUCUUUUAAAAAAUAAAAUGUGUUUAUGUUAUGCUGCAAUAGGUGUUGCAUUACAAUACUUUCAUUUGUUAAAGAGUAGUUCACAGUGCACAUUUUUAUUUUUAAAAAUUAUUUUCUUCACCCCAUUUGAAAUAUUUCAUUUUUCUUUAUUGCAGUUCCAUUCAUUGAAAUCAUUUAGUUAUUGCAGUAGAGGCAUUUAAUUUCUUUUUUGUAGUGUUUAUUGUUUAUGGUAUGGUGUAAUCAAUAGAUGCAUUCUGAGGCUGCAACAAGUCCAAAAGUGAAUCCCCUAAAAUCAGACUUUGGGAUGUGGUUGUUCUUAAGCUUCUUUUAGAAUUAAAGCUAGUAUAUUAUAAAUAGAGAACUCAGUCCACAGUAGCUCUGUUUUCUUUCAAAUUUUUAUCAAACAGGGAUUUUACACCUUCCUUUACCUGUGUUUUGUUCCCUAGCUUUUGUUUACUUCUCUGCCAUAUCCUUAUCAUUUCAUAAUUUUGAAAGUCAACCUAAGGUAAUCAUGUGGCAUGUUCCAUAAAUGAAAAUGAUUAGUGUCCAUAUCUUAGGUGGGAAAUGCCAUAGUGUGCUGAACAUAGUUGCAUUAACCUAGAAAUUUCUUAAAUUUUUAUCACCCUUUAUCACUUCUUGUUUAUAAAUCCAAAACUUAUUGGUUCUGUUGAUUUCAUACUUCACUUUUAAAGGUUUUGACUAAUCUACUAGAUGAAGUAUUUUAAAUUAUAGGCCAUAGUAAGACAUUUCUUCAUGUUUUUUUAAAAGAUAGUUUUGUGAGUGUAUCAUUAAUCUUUUAAUUUAUUAGAAUCUAUUUUUAAUUGACAUAUUUAAAUGUAAAGCAUUUCUGAGAGCGUACGUACUAUUACUCUUAAUGUUAAGAUUGCAUUGUGAUAUAAUUUUGGUGUUUGAGCAAGUUUCAUUGAACGUUGUAAUCUUUGAUUUUUUAAUUUAUUUGGUUACUCUCUCUAAAAAAUUACUUAGUCUAGUUACAAAAUAUUACUUUAAUUUUAAAGCUGCUAAUUUAUUUUUUUAUUUCUUCGUAACUUCAUGGAAGCGUCCAUUUUAUUUUGCUAAACUGAAUUCCCUUAUUUAAAAAAAUUAUUAACGUGUUUAUAUUUGUGGUUGCAAAAUUAUUUUUUAAAAUUGAUUCAGAAAUAACAUCACCUAUUAAAUAUUAAACAUGUAAUUAAUUUCACCCUUCAGUCAAGUAUUUUAAUAUUAAGCCAUAAGUAAUCUCUCCCAAGUUAUUUUCAUUUGGAAUUAAAUCAUAUAAUUUAUGUUCCUUUUUCACCUCAAAUGUUGGUUAAAUGCUAAAUACGUUUAUUAGUUUGAAAUACAAUUUUCAGAUUGAAUAUAGUCUGCUUGUAUACCUAAAAUUAUUAUUAGAGAAGACUUCAAAACACAAUAUAUAUUUUAAUUUCACUUUCCCUGAAGGCUCAAUAUUUAUAUUAUUCUUAAUUAGUUGCCAUGACUAAUACUAAAAUAAUAGCACAAAAACUAGAUACUUUAAAAAUGUAUGCUCUUACGACCAAAAGAAAAUAGCUUUAAUAAAUUGUUCUGCAUAAAUACUUAAUUGUUCAAUAUCAAGUUUGUUAAAGAAAAUUUUCUUUUUUAUAUUUCAGAAGAAUAAACAUUCCUAAAGAAUCCCUGGAAGAUUCCCAAGAGAGCCAAGAAGUUGAAAAAUACAUGUCUAAUCCUAACCAAAAUGUCACUGUUCAGUAGUAAUUACAUUAUUAUUGUUCAAAAAUUAUAAUUGUUUCAGCUUUAAGUAUGAUUUUCUUGUAUAAACUAAAAAGAAUAUUAUUUUUUUCUUGUUCCAUUGGUUAUUUGAUCUUAGAAUAAAAUGUGCUUAAGGUCAAAUGUUAGAUGCUAAAAUUACACUGACUAUUAAAUGUUACUAUUGUGACCGACCAAUAAGCUUAAAGUUAAAGUGAAAAUUAAACAGCAGAAGGAGACAUGAAUUUAGGAAGCCAACUCAUUUUAGUUAUACAUUGAGUCAAGAUACUCACUGUUCAAGUUUUAUGUGAUUUGAAUCAGUGUCCAAGAGGAACGAGAAAGUUUAAUCUUAGCAUUAACCUGUAUGUAGAGAGAGAGUAAGGUCAGGAUGCCAAUACUGAUGGUGUUACGAAGUUAGGUUUCUAAAAUUUUCUCUCAUGAAUGAUGGUUGCCCGUUAUUUUGGUCACAAUUUUUGUCUAUUAUUAAAAUGAUCCCUUAAAUCAAUUUAAUGAUGACUUAGUGAUUGAUGCAAGUGUCUUAAAAAAACAUAAAAUAUAUUUAAAUUCAUAAAUUUCAAUUUUCAGUGGAAAAAACAGUCACAAUUUUGGGUCAUUCUGCUAAAAAUCUGUCAUAUAGCAGUAAAUUAUUCCAAAAUGUCGUGCGACUCAAGCCAGUAACUGAUAUAUUUUCAAAUUAAAUGGUAUCACUAUGUACAUAUAAUUAUAGCAUUAUAUAUUUAAGUGAGAUAAGUUGGAUACUUUUAAUUAAUUUUUCUCAAAAGUAGCAAAAUAUGACUUUGACAUGUAAGGUUUAUCUGCGAAUAUAUUCAUUUCUCUCCCUUAAGUUGGCAUUUUCCAGCCUAUACUAUUUUCAUCCCCUGCGAAUUCUUUUAAUAGUCUCACACCUUCUAUGAAUUGUUUUGCUAAGUCUCACACCCCGUAGAAAUUUUUUUUACCAAGUCUCGCACCCCCUACAAAAGUAACGGUGCAUUUUAAAAUAAACUUGUGACUUGAGACAUAUAAGUAAAUUUUAAUGAAAUUUCUAAAUAAAAAAAACAUGUAACAUUUAUAUAAUAACUAAAAAGCUUAUUUCACCUCUGUUCUUUUGCUUGCACCCCCUGAAAUGCCACCUAGCAAUUUAGGUUGGGCAACCCUGCCUUAUCUUUCAAAAAGUCAUUUAGUUAAUAUUGUGUUUUCUCUUAGUGAAAUUACCAAUUUAUGUGCAAUAUUGUGAUGAAAUUGUCAAUCUGUAUUAAAACUGUUCAAUACAAAUCAUCUUUGUUAUGAAAAGCAACCACAUUGUUUUUAUGAUUUAUU